GUCUAAUAGUUUGCAGAUGUGUUCAGGUUUAAGCUUGGUCCUUUCGUGCAAGAGGGAGUCCUCCUGCAGUCUUCUCCUCACCGCUGUCACUACUUCUGAGGUCGGGAUGCAGGUGAACAAGGACACAACAUCAUACGAAACCAUUACGUCACCUGGGUCCAACUGGAGAUGUUUCACUUUGUCCACAGAGGGGGGCUGAGGACCAAGUACACCUUAAAAGGACAUCUACUUGGGGAAGGAGUCCCAGAUUAGGAUGGAGGGAGCCAGGGAACUGUGGAAGUCGCUCUCUUCAUGGUGAUUCAAGUGGGGCCCCAUAUGUCUGUCCCUUAUACAGAUUUGACACAGCUCAGGAUUAUCAUUACUUUCUGAUAGAACAGACUGUUCUGACAGGAACCCAGGUAUCCGAGGGUGCCUCCUUCCUCGAUCCGUUGAUCCCUUACAGCCAUCCUGAGCCCCUGCAGAGGAACCAGUUCAUCCAUGGUGCCCAUUAUUCCUGUGCUCAAUUUGAAGAAGUCCUUCCUUCCCCUCAGGCCAGAUCAGAUACACAGGCUGGUUUUGCCGCACCUGACAAACAAAGACAAGUAGUUGUGGUCCCCAGUGAGGAGGUGAUCUUAAGGUUCAGCACCAGCACCCAGUCCACAGAUUCUUGUGCUGUCCAGUUGUUACAAGUCUGGUCUCUACCCUGCUUCUUUUGUGCAAUACCUUUGGCUUGUGAGAAAGUCUGAAGUAGUAUUUUGUGUUGAGAAUUUAUCUAACUAUGUAAUGAUUGGGUCUCAUGAACGGGUAUCAUACCAGCACAUGGGUCCAUUGGGAGCUGGGCAUGUCUGCCAUAAAGGACUAAAUAGGUGGUAAGUCUGGUUUGCAGUGGAAUAUAUUGUUGUUAAUUUGGACAAGUGCAGGUAGUCUUCUAACUCACCUUGGUUGUAGUUCAGCAGUCAAAGUGCUCAACAGAGAGGAGACUCACCUUACAGUGUUCAGGCCGCAUUUCAGCAAAAAAAAGUACUUCCACUGAGACUUUGACUUUAAUUCAAGCCACAGCUGGCCCUUUACAGGCAGUUUGUGGCAAAUAAACGAGGGCUGCAAAAACUCUCCAGCAGUAAAUUUGGAGCGAGUAAAGCGAGGCGAAAAUUAGCUUCUCUUCCUGUUUGAACAUACCCUAAAAAAUCCUUCGGGGCUCGCACAUGGCAAAGCAGGGGUUACAACUGUUUCAUCCAAUGACAAUGGCAUAUCUAGAAAACAAGUCCAUCAUCCUCAAGAUAUUUUGGAAGGUUUCAUUUGGUCACCCAAUCUAGAGGUAGUCCAGGGCAACAAUCUCAAAUGGAUACUAGAUAAGUGGGUUUCGCACCUCUGGACCUGGCUUGCUUACCAGCCAGCCAUGCUUCCCGUUUGUCCAUUUGUUGAUCGCAACCCCCAAUUCCUGACGAUCCCCACACCUUUUGGAGACAAAGAAAGUCACACCUGGGGGAAACAGGGAUUCCCUUCUACUGAAAGAUGUGGCUAAGGUUGAGGUCAACACUUUGCCUCUGCUACCAAGUUUCUUGAGGUGGGCUACUACACUCUAGUCCUCUCCCUACCUGAACAACCGCCACCCCUACAUCCCCUGGCAUUCAUAGCAAGCUAUCUGCAUUCGGAUUAUUAGCCCCUGCCCUAUAUUAACAUUUAUUCAUUCGGCAAAUGUAAAUAUAGAUCUAGUAAAUAUAAAUCGGGGGCCCACAAUCAGAACGCAGAUAGCGACUAUUUGAUGGUGACGAUGUAAUUAUCCCACCUCUGGAAAAAUGUACUAAAUUUCAGGUAUUGUCAAUUUGAGGCAACAAAUUACAAAUCUGUUGAAACAAAUUAGCAACAAUUUACCCUUCAGUCAUUAAAUCUCUGUUCUGUCCUUCUUACCUUAUACUGUGAGGAACUUUUUAAUUUUUUUUGAAGGUCCUUUCAAAAUUAAAGUUUUCCACUUCUUAUUUUGAUUGCAUGACACUGUGGGACUUUCAGUCUGAUGUUGUCUCUGCAGCCAAUGGCAGCAUCAGACAGAAGGUAUUAAUAUGCUGAGUCAGCGUUUAGCAGGGAAAAGUGGAUGGAGGGAUGUAUGGAGGAAAGUCAGCGGCUGACAUUAGCGGGACACAUUUACUUACAAACUCCCAAAUACCAACAAGUAAAACCUGCUUAUUUCGUUUCUGAGGAGCUGAAUUGUCAGCAGCUCUUCAGGUUGAAAGAAAAAAUCAGACAGUGGGGGGAGAUUAUUUCAUCCUCAGAUUGUGUCAGACAUUUUCUAUAUUGUCAUAUAUUUUGAUUCUAGUGAUUUGAUCUGCAUUACUCUAGAUAGUGAUAUUUCAAGAAAACACCAGGUAAACUGAACUGGAAACAAGUUAAAUGAUCUCACUCCACUGGCUGAAUCUUUGGAUUAAUUCCAUUAUGUUUUCAGUGUGUUUUAGUUCUCUCUUCAGUGUGACACCAAACAACCCGAGGAGAGAUGAGCCAGCUCCGCUUUUUGUGAGGUUUAUUGAGCUAAAACUCAGAACGAGGAUGUUUAAUGAGGAGGAGAGGAUGGAGAACAUCUCCUCGCACAAACACUUCAUCCUCAACGGCUUCAAUGAACUCGGAGCACUGAGGCCCGUCCUCUUUAUCCCUUUCUUCGUCAUGUUCAUCCUGUCGCUGUCGGCCAACUCCCUGCUGCUGUACGUCGUCAUUUCACAGAGAAGCCUUCACUCACCGAUGUACAUCCUCAUCGCCUGCAUGGCAUGUGUGGACCUGAGCCUCCCGCUGUUCAUAGUCCCCAACAUGCUGCUGAGCUUCUUGUUUGACUGGAGGGGAAUCUCUCUGGCCGGCUGCCUGGUUCAGAUGCACUUCCUUCACUUUGUAGGAGCUUUUCAGUCUACUCUGCUGGUGUGGAUGGCACUGGAUCGCUACUUUGCCAUCUGCACGCCACUUUACUACCAUGAAUGCAUGGCGUUACCGAGAUUCCUCAAGUUUAUAAUCCCACUUGUGGUCAGAAAUGUCCUCAUGAUCACGCUGUUUGUGAGUCUGGCAGGAACAUUGUCAUUCUGCGCUGCAAAUGUGAUAAACCACUGUUUCUGUGAGCACAUGGCCUUGGUGCAGUUGGCCUGUGGAAGUACCGCCAUCAACAACCUGGUGGGGUUGCUCACCGCCUUCCUCAUUCCUGUGGCUGACUUUGUCUUUAUUGCUGCUUCCUAUGUGGUGAUAUUCAGCUCUUUGCUCAAGUCCGGCAGGUCAGGGGUCAAAGCACUUCACACCUGCAUCACCCACAUCAUGGUCCUCACUGUCAGCCUUUCUGUCACACUUGUUGCUUUCCUGUCAUAUCGGAUCAAAAAUGGUCUUCCUACUGCCAGUCGGGUUUUCUUCAGCACCAUGUACCUGCUGUUCCCGAGCUGUUUCAACCCGAUCAUUUACGGCAUCAGAACCACCGAGAUCCGACAGCACAUUGUGAAGACACUGACAAGCUGUCGCUUUGUCCAGACUGUGCCCCAUUCUUAAGAAGCUAUUAAAAAUCUGUAAUGUAAAAUGUCUACAUUAUAUCGAAGCUCAUUUCCAUGAAGAACACAAAAAUAGAUCAGAAGUUAGUAAUGACAAAAAUGAAAAUGCUCAUGGUACGUAAAAAUUAUGCUACACUAAUUCAAAAUUAUGAGAUCGGUUCUCAAUUCUCCUCUUCAAGAAAUGCCCAGGAUGAGAGGUGCCAGGAAGGAGUGGGGAUACUCAUGAGCCCAGAUGAUGGUUUAUUACUGCAUUUCUGUGAAAGGCAUGAAAUGUCCAUAACAAACACCAUGUUAGGUAGGUACACUACAAAUGACAACCUGAAACUGAGAUUACAGUAUGACUUUAAUCUUUAAUCAGAUUGAUAUUUUUGGACCACACCAUAAUGAAACACAAUGAUGGACACCUUCCUACUACUGUUUUUUGCAAGCAAACAGAGAAACACAUUGCUUUGGGCAGGUAGUUUUCAUCCCCCAACACUUAAAAAGAAUCUGCAAACAAUCUGUAUGGACAGUUUCAACGCCUUAAGAGGAGCUUAAGGCAAAAGAAAUGCAAACACGGUUUCUAAAUAGCGGCUACAAAACCAAUACUAUUAAAGAGGCCUUUACUGAAGCGAAGACGAGAUCUCCUGCAACAGAAUCCAAAGGAACCAGAAGAACAACAAAAGUUACACUUUGUGACACAGUACAACACUAGAGCAAAUAAAACAAAGCAAAUCAUCAACAACAAUUGGAAAAUCAUAGAAAGUGAUCCACUUCUUAAAGAUGUGUUUCCAUCUGCACUAGCUGUCAGCUUCAGAUGAACACCUAGUAUAGGAGACAAGUUGGUCCAUAGCUAUCUUCCAUAUGACUGUCUGUCAAUAUCUGAUGCUAUUGAUUAUGUAUGAUGGAUUUUCUAACCUUAAAGAUAUUGAUGGCUUGUUAAAAUAUACCUAAUUAUGUACACACCCACUUUCUUGACUGCACCUGUGACAAUUAUCUAGUGCUACUCUGUUUGCCUGUCAGCUGACACCAGCCUUAGUAUAUCUGUGAGCUGCCAUUUGUUUUUACCUGCCCUGAAGAAGACUGUGAGUUAAAAUGUGUAGGCGCUUAUCCCCAUUAAAGGCUUUUUAAUUUUCA